CUUCUGGCCUGGAUAUUUUUCUCUCUGUUUGGAGUUGGAUAGAAGAUCAGAAGUAUUUACGAAAAUUGUUCAUUUGGAUGACAUGGAGUUGUUGAACGCCAAAGAUGGGACAGUUCCGAAGACAAUAGAAGAAUGGAAGUUCCUUCUUUGCCUUGUGAAGAGUUAUCACAACAUCCAUGUUUCACAAAAGGACACAUCUGUUACUAAUGGUACUCCUGAAUGGUCAAAUUCUGUUACUGUUGAAAAUGUUGCACUCCUUGCAGCCAGAAUAAUUGGUCCAGAUUGCUCUUUGCAGCUGUUACAAGAAUGUGAUCUGGUGGCUGAAUUAUCAGAAAGAUUUGCCAAGAUUUGUGAGAUACUAAGAAUUGCUGAAAAACGGCAAAGGUAA